CGAGCGUCGCAGUUUACUCACAUCUCACAAGCAGCUCAGUCGACAGUUGGAGGGAAAGUCGCGGUGCCAGUUGCAUGUGAUUCAAUGAAAUUGUCUUGUUUUGGCUUUGUCAUGUAUGACAAAAAUGAGUUUUGAAAAGCUCUGUAGAACAAGUAGAUUUUUCGCGUAGGGGGAUAUUUUUUUUUUGUUGACGCUGUUACAGUUUGGGGAUUGCUCUCGGGAGUUCAAGGACAUUCUUCAAACGGGUUUCCUCCAAGCAUGGACAAAACCCAUCUGUCAAAUCCUAAUGACAUCAUAAUGACAAGCUCAACUGGCCCCUACCGGCAGGAACCCCUGACUCCUCCUAGACCCACCCAUCUCCACUCAACAUCCUCUUCAUCAACCUCUCCAUCCUCUUCCUCCCCACCUCUCAAGCCAAACCAGGUUGGCCAGGUCAUCCUGUAUGGUGUUCCAAUCGUUUCGCUGGUCAUUGACAACAAUGAGAGACUUUGCCUGGCACAGAUAUCCAACACACUCCUUAAGAACUACAGUUAUAAUGAGAUUCAUAAUCGUCGGGUGGCGCUGGGCAUCACAUGUGUCCAGUGCACUCCAGUUCAGUUGGAGAUUCUUCGUCGGGCUGGUGCUAUGCCGAUCUCAUCACGGCGCUGUGGUAUGAUCACCAAGCGUGAAGCUGAGCGCCUCUGCAAGUCCUUCCUGGGAGAGAAUGCACCGCCCAAACUGCCUGACAACUUUGCCUUUGACGUGUCCCAUGAGUGUGCCUGGGGUUGCCGUGGCAACUUCAUCCCAGCACGCUACAACAGCUCAAGGGCUAAAUGCAUCAAGUGCUCUUUCUGCAACAUGUACUUUUCCCCAAAUAAGUUCAUUUUCCAUUCCCACCGCACACCAGAUGCCAAGUACACCCAGCCUGACGCUGCUAACUUUAACUCAUGGCGACGACACCUCAAGCUCAGUGACAAACACCCACCUGAUGAAUUAAUUUACGCAUGGGAAGAUGUGAAAGCUAUGUUCAAUGGAGGCAGCCGAAAGAGAGCACUACCAUCUUCAGCCCACUGUUCCUCCAUGGGUUCUAUGAAGACUCUUCCAGGUUCAGUGUUGCCUCACAUGAUUGGAGCUGACUUGGGUGCUCAAAAAAGAGGCCGCUACGAAGAGGAGGACGAUCUGGAUGGAGACAGUCUUUCCCCUCGCAAAACACCACGCAGUUACCCCGUCAUCCCUGUCCCAAGCAAAAGCUUUGGCAUGUUGCAGAAGUUCCCUCCCACGUCUCUCUUCCCUUCGCCGUACUCCUUCCCAGCAUUUGGCCUCUGUCAGCAGAAAAAAGAUGACAGUGAUGUUACAGGUGGGCAGAAAGGAGCAGGGUUAUCAGGUCUUUUGUGGCCUGGCCGCAAAGACACAUUUUAUCCCCCUCUCUGCAUGUUUUGGCCACCACGAGCGGCAGGAGGAAUCCCUGUCCCCACCUACCUCCAGCCUCAGCCCAGUGCCCUGUCCUCCUUGGCAGACAGCUCCUCUCUCAGGCAGGCCUUUUUGGAUCUUUCAGACCCAACCCAGCCUGGAACUGGCAACAGUGGAAACAGUGUUGGCACAACCAUGGCUCCCAACAGGGAGACUACAACACCCAGAUCUGGGUUGUUUGACCAGGAUUGUACCGCAGUUAUCUCUGACCUUCGCCCCGUGGGUUCAGAAGGCUGGCUCAAACUCCUGGACACCCCAAACCUCCAAUCCCGGAAGUCUAGCUACAGCUCAGCCUUCCGUCCUGUCAUUAAGGAUGCUGAGAGCAUCGCCAAGCUCCAUAGCAAUGCUGGAGGAGUCACUGGGAUAACAGACGAAGAAUUCGGGGUUGUGGUUACCAGUACAGAUCGCCACCAACAACUGUCACCCAGCAGCAGCUGUAGUUACGGAAGUGAAAGUGGAGUUGAUGGAGGGGAAGAGGGAGUGGAGAGUGAGGAGGAGGGGGAGGUUGAUGUGGAGUCAUCAAAGCAGGAUGAAGACGAUGAGGACGGGAGUUGCACAAACAGGCCUCCACAAACUAAAACCAAUCUGUACCUCCCUGUAGUAAGCAACAAUCCUGGUGCGGAAAGGGGGAAGGAGAGGGGAAGUGGCGCUGUGUAUCCCAGCAACUCCCCUUCCUCCUCCUUGGACCCCAUCCAGCAAGAGUCCCUUAGCCCGCCUGCUUCCCCUCCUGCUGGCCUGCCUCUCUCCAGCUCCACCCCUCCUAACAGAGAGGACCCAUCUUACAAAAACGUUCCCAAAAAUAGAGAUGAAGGACUUCCUGUGUACGCAGCCAAAGACAACUCAAGCCUUUCUGAUGAAAACAAGGAGCAGAAUAGUUUCUUUGUACAAGAGAGUGAUACAUUGGCACCGGACUAUUGGAGGGAAACAGCAGGGGAUAGAAACCAAGGUGCUUCCCCGCCUGUUCAACUAAAGAAGGAUUUUGAAAGCAUGGAGAAAGAGGAGCUUCAGAAGGUUCUGCUGGAGCAGAUCGACUUCAGGAGGAGACUUGAGCAAGAGUUUCAGGCUCUGAAGGGCACAUCUCCAUUUCCCGUCUUCCAUAAUUUCCAAGAUCAGAUGAAACGAGAGCUUGCCUACAGAGAAGAGAUGGUCCAACAAUUACAGAUGAUACCCUACGCAAACAUAAUCAGAAAAGAAAAGAUCAGCUCCCAUCUCAACAAGUAAAUAAAGGCCGUAGAGUCAGUAGAGUCCCAUGUAAAAGACAACACUGCCUGGAUUUCCAUGAAUGACCGAAGAAUACAAAAAAACUCAUGGAAACUGAUGAAAAAAUACUGACAUAAUCAGACAGGCAUCUGGCACUAUACAGUAAUGAUCUACAUUUCUUAACUUAUCCUGGGACCCAACCUCUGUUAAAAGCCCUACAUUUAAACUCUGUGUGAUGAGGACACAUUUGGACUACAAUGACAGAAAUUUUAUACUUGUUUCCAUUUUCCCUAAACUGGAGACACGUAUUGACUCCAACUCUUUCUUCAUUGCUGUGCUGGCAGUCCGACGUCAAACUUAACCAAAAUAGGAACAAAGAAAGCAAACACAACUUUUUUUGUGUGAAUAUCAGAGCUGUAAGCUACCGCCAGGAAACAGUUGUAGACUUUGUCACAAAACUCUGAACUUUACAAACUCCUUAAAGGUGAGAAACAACAAGAGAUUCAUAAAUAACUUAAAAGCUGUGUUAUUAGCCAAGACUCUGGCCACUGCUGAACAAAAUGUACAUACGCCAAACUAAUGAACUUCACAUGAUAAUUGUUGCUCUUGUUAUCAUUGUUGUUACCAAGGUUUCACCGAACUGGACCCUAAAAAGAAACAAAACAUUUGUUAACAGGCAUCAGUUGAUCCCAAAGGGAUUCUCCUCUAUUAUGUAGUUUGGUUUGUUGACCAAAACAGACACAAAGGAACACAAAUCAUUUUUACUACUGAUUAUUAAUUAAAAAAAAACUGAAAAGAUCAGUCGUUGGUGGUGACUUAAAGCACCCUAGUGUGGUCCAUUAGAUGACCCUUAGUAAGUAUGCCAGAUGAAGAACAAAACAAAAGGGAAAAGUCAUGAUUUUUGUUUUAAAGAUGCAGUACUUGAACAGGAUGUUAUCACAGAUUUUUCUUAAAUGUUUUAUGCAAAAUUAGCACUAGCAGAUCAGUUACUCAAAGUUUAGAGCAAAAACCUAAAAUACAGUAUUACAUCGACUGCAUCUAAUUGUACAAUUAUAUGAAAAACCUGGAGAAUUCAAAGCACCCCCACACCCACCCAGAUUGUCAACAUACAGGCAUUGCCUACCCAGAAGAAGGGUAGUCAUGCCUUCAGCUGAAUGUGGUUUGGAUGUCAUCAGAUGGUAUAUAGUGCAAACAACGUUUUAAACCCCGUCCUUCAUACUAGUUUGCUCUAAGUGUGUUUGGGAUGUGGGAAGCAAAAGACAGAAGUUUUGGAGUUUGCUAGUUUGCUGCAAACCUACUUGUAAAUGAUUUUACCUGACUGUAUAAAAUAUCAUAUGUGAGAAUACUGAACCUUAUGAUCAGAUUAUAUAUGUGUUUGUUUGUUUGUUUGUUUUUUUGCUCAUUCAUUUGUUUAUUUAUUAAAGGAUCAUUCCCAUGACCCCGAUUAUGAAAAAAUAUUAUAAUGUUAAAACAAAACCAACCUGACAUGAUGAUGAUGAUGAUGAUGAUGAUGGAGAUGAUGAUGAUAGUGCAACAAGCAUAUAUCAAAAGAAUACAUUUAAAUGGCUGAAUGGAUGAAGACAAAUGUUAUCAUUGUUAACUGUUGAUGCAGAUGUAUUGGAAAAUGUUCCUGUAGUUUCUCUACUAUUUAUGGUAUAUUAAAAGUCUAUACAACAGCCGGAAUGUGGAUUCAUACCAAGG